GCCAUCAUUAUCAGACUUCCUCUGGCAAUAAAUAUUAACUUUAGUUUUUGUAUUACUGGUUGGCGUAAAAUCAUUAAACAUACAUUUUUUUAUGAAGAAUGGGCUGCGCAAUAUCGGGUCUGGCAGCUAAAGGAGAGUUUGGAGAGAGGACUACAGAGGAUGCUGCUGCUGGUGCUGCUGGUGCUGCGUCUCCAAGCGAGCAUCAGAUUCAGAUCAUCAAGGAGUCGUGGAAAGUGAUCCAGGACGAUAUAGCCAAAGUUGGGAUUAUCAUGUUCGUCAGGUUGUUUGAGACCCAUCCCGAAUGCAAGGAUGUCUUCUUCCUGUUCCGAGACGUGGAGGACCUGGAGAGGCUGCGGACCAGCCGAGAGCUGAGGGCUCACGGCCUGAGAGUGAUGUCUUUUAUCGAGAAAAGUGUGGCGAGACUGGACCAGCUGGAGAGACUGGAAGCUCUGGCUCUGGAGCUGGGAAAAAGCCAUUAUCACUACAACGCCCCACCCAAGUACUACAGUUACGUCGGAGCUGAAUUUAUCUGUGCCGUGCAGCCCAUCCUGAAGGAGAAGUGGACAUCUGAGCUGGAAGAGUCAUGGAAGACUUUGUUCCAGUUUGUGACUGGCCUUAUGAAGCGGGGGUACGAGGAGGAGAGUAACCGGCAGCGCGAGCUAGCAGCCUCUCCGAAGGAACGACCAGACAAGAGGAACACGGCCAUAUGAGACUUUACACCCAUACAGAGCUGUCUUCAUGUAUAUAGUGUAUUUACGGUGUCUUUUCUACAACGCUCAUGUUAACCGUGAUCGUUGUUUGCUAUUUUAUCACUGGACAAAAGAAAAGGAACUUGCAGUGGCUUUCAACAACGCACUUUAUUUCUGAACUUAGAUUCUGCUGCUGCCCUCUCCAAUGAGGACCUGGAGCACAGAGAGACAAUACAAAUGACUGAGAAAAUAUAACAGCCAUAGUUUACACCUGCCUUGUAAUUUUGAUUAACUGAAAUGACAUUAUGAAAAUAACCAGCCAAUACUUUGUCUCUGUAUUCAUAACUCAAAAAUGCCUUUCAGUAAAAUAUAACUUUUAACAUUUUUCCUGUCACGUCAUCAUUCAGAAAUC